UGCAAAUGAAGACGAGAAAAAGCAGGCAGCGGAUGGAGAAGGCAGUGGCCACGCGACAUCAGAACAUGAGGAAGACGAGGAUGAACACGGCCACGGUGGCGCGCAUCAUGAGCACCACAUCCUCGACAUGGAAGAGAAUUUUAUUGUGAUGCUGCUUUGCCUUGCAGUUAUUCUUGUUCUUUCUUUCGCCUUCGAAGUCGCGCAGCACUAUUUGAGCCAUAGCUUCUCGCAUGACAAAUCCUCAGUCGAAGUCUUGGAGUCAGUCUUUCGCGAAGUCACCAUUUUAGGUGUGGUCAGCCUCUUCGUGAUGGUACUAAUCAACAAACACGCUUUUGAUUAUCUUUCCGACUUUCUUUUUGGUGACGACUCCUCCGCAAGGUUAAGGCGUUGCUACUAAUUUGCCACAUCUUAUUAUAACGUUGCGACGAUUCGUCUGCAAGGGUAUGGCUUUGCGGCCACUAACUUGCCACAUUAUUUCGCUUCUUGGCUAAAGACACCACAAAUUUCCGAAGUGCGUUCUCACAACCGCGCUAGUUUUCGAGGGAGAUGUGGAGCAAAACUAAUGAGGGAAACCUCUGCAACACUCAAAAAUGGUCUUUGCUUCAAGCUCACCGUGCACCGUUUCUCCCUGACUACUCACUCUUUCUUCUAAUGGUGCCCGAGGACGAUGCAGAAAAUGUGGUGGAUUCGCUUCUGCAUUGGAGAGCUCUGGCAGGUGAGGCAGUGCAUGAGCGCUUGCUUGAGGAGCGCCGGCAACAUAUCGGACAUGAGAUUACCCAUAUGUUUGAUUAUGGACGCGCUUAUAUGAGAAGUUCGAUGGCCAUAGAAAAAGACGUUGAAUCUUUACUUGGUGGAGGAAUUAAUUCGGAUUGUGCUUUAACGAACUACGUCCCGUAGGCAGCUACAUCCCACGCCAUCGAAUUAUGGCAAGCUUUAAUCUGCACACGUCCACACGCUGAUCUUCGUGUAUAUGGUAGCAUAUAUCUUUGUCAUCGCAGCGCUUUUGCACGUAGGCACGAGGCAGGCCGACAUUUGGGGCCGCUAUGACGGCGUUUAUGUGUCCCAGAUGUAUGACGUCACGAAGGAUGGCAACGCGAGAAUCUCAACACGGUUGGGGCAUGGGGAAAGAACAAGCGUAGCAGAAGAUCAAAGUGAAGACGACCAAGGCGCUCCGGGUGAGAUGCAAGCAGGAGAGGGUGCUGAUGGAGGGGUCUCUGAAGAUCCGCAACACGCUGGAAAUAGUUCUCUUCAACACGAAAACGGCGAGAACGGCGGAGAUGAACCAAAUGCCGCGGCCUCAAGGUCUACUUUUGCUAGAAAAAAGUCAGUCGCUCCCGCGAGCUCGAAGUACCCCAAUUAAGCACUCGUACAUUGCAUCCUUAUUUUUCUAUUAACAUUCUUGACUUGUUUUCCAAACUUAGGAAAGAAGUCGAGAUCUGAAGAGUGCAAUGGCCCAUCCUCUAACCUAAACAUGUGCCGCACGUCGAAGAACAUCAUGAAACGUACAUUCCGAAGCGACUGGUGGAUGCACAUGGAAAUCGGGUUUUUCAGACCAACAAAUCGCACUUGCUAAACAUCUUCCGCCUUAGCCACAUGCACAUAUUCUUAAGACUGAGUAAUGAUAGAUACUGAUAGUUCAUUUCCAUAGAAUUUUUGUCCGACCAAUGAGUCCCUUAUAAUUAAGGGUAGAUUCUCAAUAUCCUUUGUCACUAUCCUGUGCGGAUUUUCUAAAAAAGACAAACUUCUGAGCUUUUUUUUUGACAAAAUGCUUUGCGUGUGUCAGCUAUCCUGAGUGGGUUUCGGUCAACUAUCCUGAGUGGGCUUGGGUCAACUAUCCGGCGUGGACAUGUGCUCGCGGAGUCGAGUGGUCCAUGGUCUGCAGGCCACUCGGUGGGCCGCUCUGUAGGCCACUCGGUAGGCCACUCCGUAGGCCACUCUGUAGACAAAUCGUAGGCGCACUGUGCGGACGCACUAGCCGCCUACGAUUUUCCUAGGAUUUGCCAACGAUUUGCUUACAGAGUUGCAUUUCACACAGGAUAGUAGAGGCCCUUUGUGGAUUUCAAGUGAAUUGCACUCGCAAUUCACACAGGAUGGUAGAGCCCUAGAAGGGUCUCUACUAUCCUGUGUGCAGUGCAAUUCUGUAGGCAAAUCGUAGGCCACCUACGUAGGCAAAUAGUAAGCCACCGCUACCCCGCCAUGGAUGUCGGUUAUAUUAGAAAAAGUACGCAGCUUUUUGUUUUUCAGCGUUUGCACGCUGUAAACGGCACGAAUCUGCUAACUUUACCCAUUUUGCUCUAGUUUUUUACAUAGUUUUUCUUCUUUUUUUCGUUUAAGAAAGUACCACCAGCAAAAGCAUGGAGUUUAUUGAUGAUGCGCAUGCUGUAUUGACUUACUGGGAAUCUAGAUAGGUUGGGAUAGUGAAAGUCUACCGUUGAUAUAAGCAAAUGCAUACUGUUGACAAGAUAAUGACCAUACAGUAGAUGAGAAUAUGAAUUAACGUGUGAGUCUCUAAUAUUCGGCUCCGGUGAGAAGGAGCGUCGUGACUGCAUCCACUACCAACUGACUCGACGAGAAUACUUCCAACCUUUCAGCGGUAGAGAAAACAAGUUUGCUCAAUUUGGCGUCUUCCAGUUUCACGAAUACUUAAGUUAUGCAAUGAUCUCCCGAGAUCGAUGUUUUUACGCACUCCUACCUUUUAGCACAAUUCUUGCCUGUGGAACUGACUUAGGUGCCAUUUGAGAAGCAUCAUUUUUUUCGAUGCUUGCUUUUCUAAUUGAAGCAGCACAUGGUCGAACUGGUUCUGGAACUGAUUGAAGUACCAUUUCUCGCGGCCAUGUCGUGUACGUUUUUCCUGUUGGUCUUUAGCUCAAAUGCCUCAGAGCUAAUUGGCUCGUCUGAAGCGUCGGGUAGCGUAUCCGUUUUUGUUAUGCUCGUCUAUGGCAGGAACAGCAUCUAACUCCCAUCUACAACAUGGAGCACCAGGACUUGCAGUCCCAAAGGUUCAGAGCACUUUUGGCACGGCAACAAGCAUUGUUUUGAAAUUUUGAGUAAGUAUUUACUUUAAUAUUAAAUAUGAUAAGUAUCUAUUUAAAUAUGUUUAUCUUGAUACGAAGUGGGACAGAUUCCUGUCUCUGUCAUGGUCAUCUGCUCAAUAGCCGAAAUAUGUUGUCGGUGGGAAUUGGACUAUCUUCAUGUCUCAACGCAUUUACUGAUUGUGCUCAUGAUGGUGCUUGUAACCCUACAUGUACAGCAAGUCUUCGAUCAAAUGCUGCCAGAAGACAGACCUGACAUGGACAAACUGGAUGAAGAGUAUAAAUAUCAUAGAUCUAAAUACAUCGAUGAAACAAAUUGAAACUUUUUAAGUUUUCAUGACCGUGAAGACUUAGUCGUAGACAAUUUUCUGUGGUGUUUUUGGAAUGACGAACGGUACGUAAGAAAAGAUAUGCUGAGCUGCAACAAUUUCUUAUUGUGUUUUUGUGAUCCAUGUCGAUCUGGAAAAUUCGUCUACCUUUAUCUUGAUGUUGGAUCCCGUCCUCCAGGUAUUGGCAGACAACGCAUGCACCAGCGUACAGUAGUCGUCCGUUUUUUCGAGUUUCAAAGGGGUGGCUGAUGGAAAACAUUUUUGGAUGCAGUUUGCCUUCCCGACAGGAAUCGUUGUGGUUCUUCUUCCGCAAUGGUCCCCGCAGUGUGGCUUUCACUUUGAACUUUUCCUUGCAUUUAUUAAGGCUUACCGUAAUUCAUCUCAAGAGGCAUCUGUGACCCUCUUUUUAAGGAAAGAGCACUUCAAAGAUGCUAUUCAAGAUGAAUAUCCGUAACUUCUAGAUUUACAAAUCAUAGUAGUGCUUUUCGUCUGCCUGACAGGCGAGCGCGUUCCAAGCUACAUUUAUGGGUCAGGCGGCAAAAAAGUGGAUCUCUGGAGUGCAUGGGAGACCCACGUUCUUGUAAAUUUUCUGCUCUUUUUCUUCACCCUGCUGUAUCUGUGGCCACGUGUCCUGUACUACUGGACAAUCACAAUUAUGACUUUGACUAUAAAACAAAGACCAACGCUGAUUGUUCGUCAGAAACCACUCGAGCAAAUGCCUAUAAUUGAUAUUUGAGACUGUUCUACAUCUACAACAGACAACACUAUCAAGUCACGGAAGUAGAAGAUAUUUAAUGGAGUAUCAACACGUAAGCAGAAUCACUUGGUCUUGAGAAAUACGUCUGAACUAGCGUAACAGAGUCUUUUUUCUUAGACCUUGUUUACAAAGAAACGCCAAAUCCACCUUCUUCCAGAUUGGUAUUUACGGCGCUAAUGCAACAUGCACUGGGCAGAUGAAAAACCAAGAAGUGGAGGAAAAAGUUGCUCGUGACUGUGAAGCGAUCGAGCUACGUGACUUCGGGGCAUUGUCCUUACAGCUGCAGCUCUUAAGGCCAGUCUACUAUAGUCGAGCCUGAAUUGCUGUGUCAAAGUUCUAGAACAUUUGAUUCAAACGACUUUCUAUAUCGUGAAAAUGGUAGGAACGUGUCCUCUCAUUCAUGUAGGUUUUUUGGCCUCAUCAGACAUCCGUCCUCGCCCUGGCGACGAUAUCUUCAUUUCCUCUAAAUAUUGCAGCAACGUAUCACUUUGUCCGUUCGCUUGACGAUGAUGAUUAUUCUCUGUGGUAUGCUCAGAGUAAACGUGAGUUCGUUGCCCUCGUGCCUGCUGCGAGACGCCAUGAAAUCAAGCAGCUCUUCGCUCGCUUCGCUGACAUGGACACGAAACUGUUGCCUCCAGAACACUGGGAGGACUUAGGGAGAGAACAACCACUUGGUAAUUAGAACCAGCUAGUAUAUAAUCUUUAUCUUCAAUCGGACUAUUAUAGCAGGGAUCAAACGUCAAUGGAAGAUCAUAUUGUAUUAACAUUUUCACAUAGGAUAUUUGAAGAAGUAGUGCUUAUCUCCAUUUUUUGGCUGUAAUUUCCUUUUUUCGCGCUGACGGCUAUUCGGGACACGCGGCACGCGGCCUCGCUGAUAAGCUAGAAAACGUCGUUGAACUGCUGCGCCACGUUGUGGUGGAUGAUGUGGACGAUGGUAAUUUAUGGCUCUGCUUUCGUCCCUAAUUCAUUAUCUUGAGAGGCACAGGCAUCAAUCUUGGACUUGAAACAAAACCUUUUUCACUGACAAAAAUGUUACAAAGAUGCAUGACUUGGAGACGAAUUUUUUGAGCAAACUCUAAGAACAAGCGCCUCAGAUGGUGUAGCAGGUAACGCCGCAUACGCAGACGAAGCAGGUGGCAGAGGUACAAGUCCUUCAUGAUGUUGGGAAAUACAGCUUAGAUCCGAUAACAAGGAUCUUCGCCAAGAAGGGCUUACUUAUUCAUGUAUGUUAAUUAGGAUUGAAAUGAGUACUUCCACUUCCGUCUUUUUCAUUGAUCUGUGAAUUUUCAGGUGAACGAGUAUGUACUCGAUUUUCAUAAUCGUCUGUCCCUUCGGAGCGCCAUUGCCAACAUUGAUUCAAGACACGUUUUCACCUUCACAGGUGUUGAAUCUCGGCGCAGCGGCCUCUUUGGUGGUAGAAUGACGGGCGCUGGUGCUGGUGGUGACCGGCGCUCAUCAGGCGGCGUGCUCGCUCGGAUGUUUGGGAAUCGGCUCUCGGAGAAUGAGGUAAAAGUGAGGCGGCGACAGCGAAUACAGUUGCGCGAGGCAGACUUGUGCAUCUUUCUGGGCCUUCACGAGUGCCUCCUCCUUCCUCGUGGUGUGGACCACCUCCGCAUCUAUUUUUACGAGAUCCUCGCACCAAAUGUCCCGCUGCCGGAUGUCUAUGGGAUGAAUGAAGGACAGCAGCAGCUGAACAAGCCGUCAAUGUCUAAAACCUCCAGGAAUUUGUUUUACAACGAGCAAAAUAGUACAAGUAAAGCCUCUGGAAGUGCCGGAAAUAGCUACAACUUCUACACUGAAAAUAGUGAGGAGGACGAGGAGGGAGCGGAAGCUGAGGCGGGUGGUGAAAUCUCUAGUCGUGGUGAAACAUUCAACCUUAAGAGCUUACGACCUUCAGGUUCAGCCCCUAGGCCGAGUAAUGCUGAAGCGUUCUCACCGAGCGUUAGCAUAGAAGAAGUUUGCUGCGGUUUGCAGCCCGUGCUGAACGCCGCGGGAGUUGGCUACUCUGCUGUCGUGAGGCUGUUCGAGAUGGUUGGUGGCAGUGUUCUCGCUAUCGCUCCAACACGCACUGUAACGCUGGCACAACUUAUCCGGUGGUGCGAACUAUUUGACCACCUCUUGCGAACCAAAGGUUAAGGCUUUCGUGAGUUUUUCACUUUCCACAAUCUUAACAUCAUCAGUUUUUCACCGUGCAGAAAACAGCAGAGGGGCCUCGGUGCACUUUCCACAAGGGAUCAAUAGUUACAACUCAACAUUACAUACAAGGAAAUCAAAAACUAAAUGCCUCUAAGGAGUGGCGGACGAAACAAGUUCCUUGUCUGGCAGUCACGCGCCUUCUGAAGGUACCGGUAGUGGGUCCGAAUCGUCUCAUGGCUCGGAUCAUUCCCAGCAGCUUGAGGGGUCCUCAGUUCGUUCGGGUGUCUCUACACUUAAGACGGGGUGAAGUAUUUCUUAUUAUUAGGUUUCAUUUCCAGGAGGGGUACUUCGUAUACCUUUACCUAGUAUAGAAGUUAUUUAAAUCUAUCCUCAUGAUCUUCUUUGCUAAUCCUGAUGGAGAUACAGUGUUUACGUCAAAUACUAGCGUGCUUGCAAGUACCCUUGCCCAUACGCAGUAGAAUUAAGACGAUUGAAAAUGUAUGAUUAUAAAUAUGUUUGUAGUCUGGAUUCUUUCUGUAACUCCAAUGGAAUAUCCUCUACAACCGUGAUGUGGUAUGUUUGUAGACGCGGGCGUGAAUAUCAUGUCGUCGAAACUGAGAGGAUCCACUCCCUCUAGGUUCUCUAUGUAGAAAUCACGCUAUGUUGGGGAAAAGACGAGAAUUGUUCUGAAACACUAUGAAAACUGUGGAAAUUCUAAAAAGAUGUCAAGUCACAACAAUCUUUCCGUACGGAGUAUAGGAGGAGAGCCCAUGGUUAGCGGUCGCCUUCGUUCGGUUCCGCAGAUGCGCGUUCAGGAACGAUUCGAUGAAGAUGAACCGCAGAUGCGCAACGAUUUUUAAGGCUCCAAUAUCGAAAUUAUUAGAUAUUAAGGUGAUAGUUGUAUUCAUUGCUGCGAUUUCUGAUAGAAGGUACAAACUUUAUUGCAAGGACACCGGCAUCCUUCUAAAACUGGAGUGCGAGUGGUAAUGCGAACAUGGACUCACGGAUAACGAGUCAAUCGCCAACACCCACGCAUCGUUUGAGUAUGGUCAGCAGCUUUGCGAGUGGUCGCAUAAUAACGCCUUCGAUGAGAGUAACCUAAGGCUAGUGGUACUCGUAGUCAAUCAUUACACUAUUUGGCGUGGGCUAAUAUUCUGAGUGGAUUCCCCUUACAAGUCAAAGAAAGGGGUUCAAAAGGUGAGGAAGGGAAUCUACUCAUCAGGGUUACUAGUGACUGAGUAGCUCGAAGCACACCAGAAAAAUGCCGAAAGCGAAAAACGGAUUGGAAAGUCAGAUACGAGGCAGUGAGAUGCUUCGGAACGUCUGCAGGAAAGUUCGGAGCAGCAUUGAGGCCAAACUUGAACCCGUUACUACCAAUCUAUCUUGGAUUUCCUAGCCAUAUCAUCCUCAGACUUAGAUAGGAGAUCUAGUAGAUAAUCUGUUGUGUCUAGUAUGCUGAGUUCAACACUUGUUUAAAUGAGUAGCACAUAUUCAGACGUUUUACUUGAUGUAAAAGUAAAACUAAAUCAUUCAAUUUGCUGACUUCUCUGGUGUUGUUAUGUUGAUGACAAACCAGAUCGAUCAUCCAUUUUUGCUUGAACAGGACCUAAUAACGUAACAGGGUCACGUAUAAUUGAAUUUUAAUUACAACUUAGACCGGUGAUGAUACUAGUAUUAGACAGAAGCUAUUUUCUUUUUGCUCCAGCAUGUCUAGAUAAAGUAACUCGUAACAGUUCAACCGAGUUGGAUAAUUUGUUUUAGAGCGAGUGAUUGAAAUAGAUUUGACUACCUUGAGCACCAUUCCAAGAAAAUGUGCCAUGUGGUGUGGAAAUGACUUCUCUCGUGGACGUGGGUCCAUGUGGAUUAUCUUAAGACAAGUUAGCAUCAUGAUGUGAGAUGAAUAUUUGAUACCAGCACCACCACCCAAGGAAGUAGAAAAUACUGAUCAUGAUUACUGAGAGUCCUAAUGCUUGGUAUGACAAAUAUCUAUGAAAACGAAGGAAUGACCGAUGUUGAUGCACACCAGCAAGUAGACUGACAAUCAU